UAGCACCCUUGACUUCCACGUUGCACCAAUCAAAUCUCCCCACUCUAUAAAUAAUCAAAUUAGUCGAAUCCUCAUCAAACCGACAUCCAUUCUCCUCCUUCUCUCUUCAUGGCGCAAUCUCUUCAACCUCCUCCAUCCCCGCCGCCGUGGGAGGUGCUGCUUCUCGUCGCCGAACGCCUCGACCCCAGAACGCUCGCCACCGCCUCCUGCGUCUGCAAAUCCUGGUCCAUUUCCAUGGCCUCCAACCAUCUCUGGGAGCCAAUUUUUAGUGCCAAAUUCCCUUCUCUCACUAACCUUGCCGCCUCCUCCGCCACCGCGUCACCUCCCUUGUCCUUCUGCCGCCUCUUUGGCCUCGGCCACACUGCUGCAGCUCGUCGCCGCCCCGCUCCCUCGAAACCCAUCCUCUCCCUCUCCGACCUCAUCUUCGUCAUCAGCGUCUCCGGCACCGACAAAGCUGACGGUUGUAUUGUCGGUGGCGGAGCCACGAAGGAAGAAAAGGAUGUGCCCGAACUCAUGUUCACCAUCGUGAAGCACGGUGGCGAGCUAGUGGUGGACCGAAACGGGCUGUUCAAAUUCGACAUAAAUGUCAGCAAAGGCGACGAGGCAGUGGUGAUCGGAGCUGGAGGGGAGGUGGAGGUGGUGUGGAACGUGGUGCUGGAAGGAUGGAGGGCGGUGUUCACAAUGAUUGAAUGUGGAGGAAGAGUGGGAAUGGCGCCGAGAGCGGAUGGGUGGUUCUCGGAGGAGCUGCCGGCGGCGGGGUGCUGCCCGAAGGAGGUGAGCGGCGGCAUAGUGGCGGAUCUGAAACUGGGGGUGUGUAAAAAUGGGGAGGGUGGAAAGAAUGAUGAGGUCAGGAUUGAAAGCGUAAGUGUGGGAAUGAUGAGUGUAUUGAGUUGGAGAUACGUGAGUUUGGAUGAUGGGUUGAUGUAUUUGCAGCAUUUUUUGUUCAAUCCUUAGAAAAUUAGUUAAAUGUGGGAGGCUGAUUGUGCUAACUUGGGUUGGGUUAGAUUCAUACCAUAGUAGAGAGUCUACCCGAGUCGGCGUUGUAUGAUAUUUUUUUUUUCUUGUAUAUAUCCAACUCGUUGUCAUAAUAGCAUUUUUGUAGCAUUCUUGCAGUGGUUGGAUAGUAAUUGUGCAACACACUUAAUAAGUCAACCGUGAGAAAUUCAAACGUUGCGGAUAACGUCAAUGUAUGUUCGAGUCUCGAGUUGUAACAACAUUUGUUUCAACACGGUGAACAAGUCAAUUGUGAGAAUUUUGGCCGUUGCAGACAACGUUGGCAUAUGUGGAGUCUCGAGUUACGUUUGCAAAAUAUGUUUUAGAAAACGUAAGCGAGA